AAUGACUUGAGAGAAACAGCCAAAAGAGAAACGUUCGCUUCACUGACAACUCAACAUCUCCGGAACAGACGUGAAAUUGAUGCGAUCUUGGAAAGUCAGACUGAAUACGCCAAUUUUACCUAUACUAUAAAGUACGAAGAUAACUACAGAGUAUGGAACAACUUUUCAAUGAUGUACCAAAGCCGAAUGUACCGUUAUAACGAGUACAGAGUAACGGACGAUGGUCUACAAGUUUGUAAUUCUUCUGACCCCCUUAAUAAACACAGAUGGUGGGAUUUGAUUGCUCGGGAAAAGGAAGUGUUGGCUUCCAAACAUUGUAGUGUAUCCGUGGACGUAUUUUACUACUCCAAUUACACAUUAUACAAAAACUUUACUGUUUUCUUCAAACCUACUGAGCAGAGUUUCCCAAGGCAAGAUUACGGAGUGACUUUUGGAUAUUUUGCAAUUUGUUCGGCAAAGCUUAAUCUAUCCUGCAAUGAUUAUUUGGUUGAAGUGAAACACGGCGAUCAGUACAACGUUUUGCAAAACUUUUCAUUGUUUUACAACAACAAGAUGUAUGAUUAUCGCGAAUAUCGACUCGAAAACGAAGGUCUUGAAAUGUGUGCUUCCAAUGAUUCAAGAAUUCAGACCAUUUGGAGAACUCGAAAUUCUUGGAUAAAGUCGAAAUGCAUAUUAAAAUGCCUCAAAUCUCUUUCUAUGUUAUCAACAAGGUACUACACUGUGAAUAAGCAGCUCAUUGUCUAUGUCGCAGUUACAAGUCAAUAUUUCACAAGAAAUGCCUAUGGAGUGAAAAACGGCCAACUUUAUAUAUGCCAAGAAAAGUUCAGACCCACAUCAAUCGAGUAUACCCAGGAAGAUCUAUUAAUGUGCAACGAUUCAAUCAUCAAUAUAAAAUACGAUGAUGAAUACAAAGUUGAGAUCGACUUUUCAAUACUCUAUAAGAACAAGGUGUACGAUUAUACCGAGUAUCGAGUUCUGAAUGAUAACAUCAAGAUUUGUAACUCCACUGAUAACUACGUAAGAAAUAUUUGGAAAGUACGCAAUAAAUGGGUGAAGGCGACAAUGCAUGAAAAAAGUUGCAGUAAACCCAUUAGAACCUUUCGGUUGAACCGAAAGUAUUACUCUGUGAAUAAGCAGCUCACUGUCUAUGACGCACCUGCGAGUCAAAAUUUCACAAGAAAUGACUAUGGGGUGAAAGACGGUAGACCUUAUAUAUGUCAAGAAAAGUUCAAACCCACAUCAACAGAGUAUACCCAGGAAGAUCUAUUAGUGUGCAACGAUUCAAUCAUCAAUAUAAAAUACGAUGAUGAAUACAAGGUUCGGACUGACUUUUCAAUACUCGAUAAGAACAAGGUGUACGAUUAUACUGAGUAUCGAGUUUUGAAAGAUAGCAUAAAGAUUUGCAAAUCCGCUGAUAGAUACGUAAAGAAUAUUUGGAAAGUACGCAAUAAAUGGGUAGAGGCGAGAAUGCAUGAAAAAAGUUGCAAUAAACCCAUUAGAACAUCUCGGUUGCCCCAAAAGUAUUACAUUGUGAAUAAGCAGUUCACUGUCUAUUACGCAGCUAGGAGUCAACAUUUCACAAGAAACGACUAUGGGGUGAAAGACGGUAGACCUUAUAUAUGCCAAGAAAAGUUCAAAUCCAAAUCAACAGAGUAUAGCCAGAGAGAUCUAUUAAUGUGCAAAGAUUCAAUCAUCAAUAUAAAAUACGAUGAUGAAUACAAAGUUCGGACUGACUUUUCAAUACUCUAUAAGAACAAGGUGUACGAUUAUACUGAGUAUCGAGUUUUGAAAGAUAGCAUAAAGAUUUGCAAAUCCGCUGAUAGAUACGUAAGGAAUAUUUGGAAAGUACGCAAUAAAUGGGUAGAGGCGAGAAUGCAUGAAAAAAGUUGCAAUAAACCCAUUAGAACGUCUCGGUUGCCCCGAAAGUAUUACAUUGUGAAUAAGCAGUUCACUGUCUAUUACGCAGCUAGGAGUCAACAUUUCACAAGAAACGACUAUGGGGUGAAAGACGGUAAACUUUAUAUAUGCAGCGAAAAGUUAAGACCCAUAUCAACAGAGUAUAGCCAGAAAGAUCUAUUAAUGUGCAACGAUUCAAUCAUCAAUAUAAAAUACGAUGCUGAAUACAAAGUUCGGACUGACUUUUCAAUACUCUAUCAGAACAAGGUGUACGAUUAUACCGAGUAUCGAGUUCUGAAUGAUGGCAUAAAGAUUUGUAACUCCAUUGAUAACUACGUACGGAAUAUUUCGAAAGUACGUAAUGAGUGGGUAGAGGCGAGAAUGCAUGAAAAAAGUUGCAAUAAACCCAUUAGAACAUCUCGGUUGCCCCGAAAGUAUUACAUUGUGAAUAAGCAGUUCACUGUCUAUUACGCAGCUAGGAGUCAACAUUUCACAAGAAACGACUAUGGGGUGAAAGACGGUAAACUUUAUAUAUGCAGCGAAAAGUUAAGACCCAUAUCAACAGAGUAUAGCCAGAAAGAUCUAUUAAUGUGCAACGAUUCAAUCAUCAAUAUAAAAUACGAUGCUGAAUACAAAGUUCGGACUGACUUUUCAAUACUCUAUCAGAACAAGGUGUACGAUUAUACCGAGUAUCGAGUUCUGAAUGAUGGCAUAAAGAUUUGUAACUCCAUUGAUAACUACGUACGGAAUAUUUCGAAAGUACGUAAUGAGUGGGUAGAGGCGAGAAUGCAUGAAAAAAGUUGCAAUAAACCCAUUAGAACAUCUCGGUUGCCCCGAAAGUAUUACAUUGUGAAUAAGCAGUUCACUGUCUAUUACGCAGCUAGGAGUCAACAUUUCACAAGAAACGACUAUGGGGUGAAAGACGGUAAACUUUAUAUAUGCAGCGAAAAGUUAAGACCCAUAUCAACAGAGCAUAGCCAGAAAGAUCUAUUAAUGUGCAACGAUUCAAUCAUCAAUAUACAAUACGAUGCUGAAUACAAAGUUCGGACUGACUUUUCAAUACUCUAUCAGAACAAGGUGUACGAUUAUACUGAGUAUCGAGUUCUGAAUGAUGGCAUAAAGAUUUGUAACUCCACUGAUAACUACGUACGGAAUAUUUGGAAAGUACGUAAUAAGUGGGUAGAGGCGAGAAUGCAUGAAAAAAGUUGCAAUAAACCCAUUAGAACCGUUCGGAUGUACCGAAAGUAUUACGCUGUGAAUAAGGAGUUCACUGUCUAUGACGCACCUCCGAGCCAAUAUUUCACAAGAAAUAGCUAUGGGGUGAAAGACGAUAGACCUUAUAUAUGCGAAGAAAAGUUAAGAUCCUCAUCAACAGAGUAUACCCAGGAAGAUCUAUUAAUAUGCAACGAUUCAAUCAUCAAUAUAAAAUACGAUGAUGAAUACAAAGUUCGGAUUGACUUUUCAAUACUCUGUAAAAACAAGGUGUACGAUUAUACUGAGUAUCGAGUUCUGAAUACAGAUAGCAUAAAGAUUUGUAACUCCACUGAUAACUACGUAAGGAAUAUUUGGAAAGCACGCAAUAUAUGGGUGAAGGCGAAUAUAUAUGGAAAAAGUUGCAAUAAACCCAUUACAUACAUUCAGUUCGACCGAUGGGAAUACACUGUGCUUCAGAAUUUUGGAAUUCUGAUUUCGGCAACAAAGCAGCUGAUAACAAAGUACGAUUAUGCUGUAUAUGAAGGUAAACUUAUAACAUGUGUGACCGAAUGCGCCAAUUUUACCUUUACUAUAAAGUAUGAAGAUGAAUACAGAGUAUGGAACAACUUCUCAAUGAUGUACCAAGGUCGAAUGUACUAUUAUGAUGAGUACAGAAUAACGGACGAUGGUCUACAAGUUUGUAAUUCUUCUGACCGUCUCAUUAAAGAAAAAUGGCGGAAUUUCAUUGUUUCGGAAAAAAUAACGACAGCUUUCAAACAUUGUAACGUAUCUGUGGACGGUUUUUACUCCGAAAAUUACACAUUACAUACAAACUUAACUGUUUUCUUCAAACCUACCAAUCAAAAUUUCACAAGGCAGGACUACGGAGUGAUUAUGGGGUAUUUUGCAAUUUGUUCAAGAAAGCUCAGAUUGUCAUGCAAUGAUGAUUUGGUCAAAGUAAAGUACGAUGAACAAUACAAUGUGUUUAAAAACUUUUCGCUUGUUUCCAACGGGAAGAUGUACGAUUAUCGCGAAUAUCGAUUAAGCCACGACAGUCUUGAAAUGUGUGCUUCCAAUGAUUCAAGAGUCCAAGCGAUUUGGAGAACGCGAAAUUCGUGGCAAAAGUCAUUACCCGCAUUAUGUUAUCGUUCUUAUAAAUUAAAUGCAAGAUACUACACUGUGACAAAGCAGUUUGCUGUGUAUUCGGCAGAUAACGGUCAAUAUUUCAAAAGAAAUGACUAUGCGGUGCUAGACGGUAAACCUUAUGUAUGCGGCAAAGAAAACCUAAGUCCUAUUUACGUAAUUUCAAACUUUAAGAUUAUUAUAGCACCAUUAUGUGCUUUAGCGCUUUCUAUUAUUUCUUUGCUAUUGUUGUUGAUAGUUUACUGCGUGCUUCCAGAACUGCGCACACUUCCUGGUUUGAAUUUAAUGAGUUUUAGCUUCGCCAUGUUGUUGUGGCAGACUUACCUUGUAGUAUUUUUGUCACUGUAUUCUCAUGUAGGUAAACUGUUUGAGAUACCGUGUGCUAGGCUGUUUGUAGCAAAUAAGUUUAUGACGUAUAGUAUAAUUAUGAAUGCUGCGGUUAACAUCUACCACUUAAGGAACACAUUUUGUGGGAAUAUUCUAGUGAAAUCUGAUGAACAGAAGAAGUGGAACAGGUUUUUGAAGUAUAGUUUCUUUAGCUGGGGAGUUCCUGUUAUUAUAACGAUUGUUUACAUUGUGCUAGCAAAGAAAAAUGUUCUAAGGUUUGAUCAAAAUAUAGCGUCUAUGUCGAUAAAGAAUGACGUUCAAUCGAGCUUAAGAUUUUAUCGACGCAAUGCGAAUGGAGAUGCGACGGCAAAUAAUAUGGGGAUUUAUCACCGUAUUGCUUCCUUGAGGGGAGAUGCCCUGCAGUCAAAGUGGAGGUUAAAUCAAAGCACUGACACUGUACUUGAAGAUGCCCAGACAAGGUUAAAUCAAAGCACUGACACUGUACUUGAAGAUGUCCAGACGAGGUUUAAUCAAAGCACUGUACUUGGGAAGGAAGAUGCAACGGAAGAUGAUGCAAGGAUUUAUCAACCUAUUGUAUCUUUAAAGAAAGAUGUUCAGUCAAGCUUAAAGUUUUAUCAACGCAUUGUAUUCGCGAAUGGAGAUGGGAAGGAAGAUGAUGCAAGGAUUUAUCAACAGAUCUCUGGAGAUUGUAUCAAUGGUCGAAUUACUCCCGAUUGGUCAGCUGCUGUUGAUGUAUAUGGUAUUCAAGGUUGUCUUUUGUUGUACAUUAUUGGAAUGUUCAUCUUCACUGCUUAUCGAAUUCGCCAAAAACUCAAGGCAAGCAAGAACAUUGCACAGAAAUCGAACAUUGUUAAGCGUCAUAAAUUUGUCAUAUUGCUCAAGCUGUCAACCACUACAGCCUUAAGUUAUUGGUUUCCUCUCUUCAUAUCUAGAAUCGUGGAUUUUGAUUUCGACAUAAAGAUAGCGUUGUAUACUGUAACGUUGCUUACUGGUGCCUACAUUGGUAUUGCGUUUGUCUUCACACGAAGAAAUUAUCAGUUGUUCAAGAAAAAAUAUUUCCCAGCAAAGAAUAAGCCGCCAGUUAACGAAAUUCCGCUGGAUAAACUAUAG